AUUUGGAAAGUUGGAGGGAGGGGGAGGUUGUCACAUGGGUAUACAGCGGUCUCUCAGAGAUAGGGGCAAAAUUUGAGAAGUUAGACACAACGACAGCUCAAGAGCCAAAACUUCAACAGAUUAUUAAGUCACAGAAAAGGGACAAAUAGCGGAGAAAGAAGGUAAGAGGAACAAGCAGCGGAGGGAGAAAGAGGAACAAGGGAGCAAAAGAACAGAGAAGACAUUCACAGACAGAGAGAGAGAGAGAGAGCGAGAGAGAGAAAGCGAGUGAGCUGAAAGAGAGAUAAGAGUGAGGCACACAGGAGGGAUUGAGAGGAAGCACAUGGUGUGAAAAUGCCCACCAACUUCACGGUGGUCCCAGUGAAGGACAACAGGAGAAAGACAAAAGAGAGCAAUGAGGAAGAGGAGGAUGUGGAUGACAACAAUGUGCUGAGAGAGGAGGAUGAGGGCGCCCCAGGUGAUGGCAACCCAAAGGAAAGCAGUCCUUUCAUCAACAACACAGACAAUGACAAGUGCAAUAGCUAUGAUGGCAAGAACAUGGCCCUGUUCGAGGAAGAGAUGGACAGCAACCCCAUGGUGUCAUCUCUCCUCAAUAAGUUGGCAAACUACACCAAUCUCACCCAGGGGGCCCAGGAGCAUGAGGAAGCUGAUGAUGAUGAGGGAGCCAAGAAGAAAGCAGUCAAGAGCCCUCAGAUGGGAACCUUCAUGGGUGUAUACCUCCCCUGCCUCCAGAAUAUUCUGGGGGUCAUCCUCUUCCUGCGCCUUACAUGGAUCGUCGGUACCGCCGGCAUCAUGGAGUCCCUGGCCAUCGUCGGCAUGUGCUGCUCGUGUACCAUGCUGACAGCCAUAUCGAUGAGUGCAAUUGCUACUAAUGGUGUUGUGCCAGCUGGAGGCUCCUACUACAUGAUUUCCAGAUCUCUCGGCCCGGAGUUUGGUGGAGCUGUAGGUCUCUGUUUCUACCUGGGCACAACCUUCGCUGGCUCUAUGUACAUCCUUGGUACUAUAGAGAUUCUGCUGACCUACAUUGUGCCUAAGGCGGCCAUCUUUGUGGCGACGAGGAAGGAGGACGAGGUGGACGCCCUGCUCAAUAACAUGCGUGUCUACGGCACCUGCUGCCUGGCACUGAUGUCCCUGGUGGUCUUCGUGGGAGUGAAGUAUGUCAACAAGCUGGCGCUGGUCUUCCUGGCCUGUGUCAUCCUCUCCAUCCUGGCCAUCUAUGCCGGGGUCAUCAAGACUGCCUUUGAGCCGCCUGACUUCCCUGUUUGCCUUUUGGGGAAUCGUACACUGCAGAACCACAACUUUGAUAAGUGUCUGAAGACGGAGGUUAUAGGCAACGUGACGGUUACCACCGCGCUGUGGAAGCUGUUCUGUGAAGGACCUGAGCUCAACGCUACCUGCAACGACUACUUUAAAUACAACAAUUUGACUGAGUUGCAGGGGAUCCCUGGACUGACAAGUGGAGUCAUUUCAGACAACAUGUGGGGGGACUAUGGUCCGUUGGGUAUGCUGGUGGAAAACACGCGCGUGGCAUCUGUUCCAGUAGCUGACAACUCCCAGGAUGUCUACAUGCCCUACGUAGUCAAUGAUAUCACCACCUUCUUCACCCUGCUGGUUGGCAUCUACUUUCCCUCUGUCACUGGUAUCAUGGCCGGUUCCAACCGGUCAGGUGACCUGCGGGACGCCCAGAAGUCCAUCCCCAUCGGAACCAUCCUCGCCAUCGCUACCACCUCCAUCAUUUACGUCACUUGUGUGGUGCUGUUUGGUGCCUGCAUUGAGGGUGUGGUGCUCCGAGACAAGUUUGGCGACUCAGUUAAAGGGAACCUUGUAAUUGGCACACUGUCUUGGCCGUCGCCUUGGGUGAUUGUGAUUGGCUCAUUCUUCUCCUGCUGUGGGGCGGGGCUGCAGAGUUUGACUGGCGCCCCACGGCUGUUGCAGGCCAUCGCUCGAGAUGGCAUUGUACCUUUCUUACAGGUGUUUGGCCAUGGCAAGGCCAAUGGGGAACCUACCUGGGCUUUGCUGCUGACCGCUGGAAUCUGUGAGAUCGGCAUUCUCAUUGCCUCCCUGGACGCUGUGGCUCCUAUCCUCUCCAUGUUUUUCCUGAUGUGCUACCUGUUUGUCAACCUGGCCUGUGCGGUUCAGACCCUGCUGCGCACACCCAACUGGAGACCCCGCUUCAAAUACUACCACUGGGCCCUGUCCUUUCUGGGAAUGAGCUUGUGUCUCUCUCUCAUGUUCAUCUCCUCCUGGUACUAUGCUAUCUUGGCCAUGGGUAUCGCUGGCUGCAUCUACAAAUACAUUGAGUACCGAGGGGCGGAGAAGGAGUGGGGUGAUGGCAUUCGCGGCCUGUCGCUGAACGCUGCCCGCUAUGCUCUCAUUCGGCUUGAGGAGGCACCACCACACACCAAGAACUGGAGGCCACAGUUGCUGGUGCUGUUGAACGUGGAUGCAGAUCAAGUGGUCAAACACCCUCGCCUGCUGUCCUUCACCACUCAGCUGAAGGCUGGGAAAGGCCUGACCAUCGUAGGGAACGUCCUGGAGGGGACCUAUCUCACCAAGGACGCAGAGGCCAAGAGGGCUGAGCAGAAUAUCAAGUCGGCCAUGUCAGCAGAGCGCACCAAGGGUUUCUGCCAUGUUGUGGUGUCCUCCAACCUCAGAGAUGGUUUCUCCCACCUCAUCCAGUCUGCAGGGCUGGGAGGCAUGAAGCAUAACAGUGUCCUCAUGGCCUGGCCUGGGACCUGGAAGCAGUCUAAUGACCCACAGUCCUGGAAGAACUUCAUAGAGACAGUGCGGGAAACCACGGCGGCCCAUCAGGCCCUGCUGGUGGCUAAGAACGUGGACAGUUUCCCCACCAACCAGGACCGUCUGGGAGAGGGCACCAUUGACGUGUGGUGGGUGGUUCACGAUGGAGGCAUGCUGAUGCUGCUGCCCUUCCUGCUGCGACAGCACAAGGUGUGGAGGAAGUGUAAGAUGCGCAUUUUCACUGUGGCCCAAAUGGACGACAACAGCAUCCAGAUGAAGAAGGACCUGCAGAUGUUCCUCUACCACCUACGACUGGACGCUGAGGUGGAGGUGGUGGAGAUGCACGACAGUGACAUCUCAGCCUUCACCUAUGAGAAGACUCUGGUAAUGGAGCAGCGGUCUCAGAUGUUGAAGCAGAUGCAGCUGUCAAGGACCGAGAGGGAGAGAGAGAUUCAGAGUAUCACUGAUGAAUCGCGUAGCUCGAUCCGGAGGAAGAACCAGGGCGGUGCCCAUGGCGUGAGCCCCAGUCGGCAGUCCUCACAGAUGGAGGACACUCAGGAGGACGAGGCCCAGCUCAUCCACGACAGGAACACGGCAUCUCACGCCACGAUGAACGACAAGGUCGAGACUGGACCCGAACGGGUCCACAUGACCUGGACCAAGGAGAAGCUCUUCACCGAGCGUAACCGUAAUCGUGAGCCCAAUGCCAACGUGGCCGUACGAGAUCUGUUUAACAUGAAACCAGAAUGGGAGAGUCUGAACCAGUCUAAUGUUCGUCGGAUGCACACAGCGGUCAAGCUGAACGAGGUGGUGGUCAACAAGUCCCAGGGAGCUCACCUGGUUCUGCUCAAUAUGCCUGGACCGCCUAAGAACAGAGGAGGAGAUGAAAACUACAUGGAGUUCCUGGAGGUUCUCCUUGAGGGUCUGAACCGAGUGCUUCUGGUCCGAGGUGGUGGCCGUGAGGUCAUCACCAUCUACUCUUAAAAAACAAACAAAAAAAACCCUUCAUGCCCCACCCUGCACACAUGAGCAGUUGCCAUGAAUACUGGUCACCGGGCAUUUUCGGGGAAGAAGCCAAAUUGGGUUUUUAUGGAAGGGGGGGGGCAGGUUGUUGAAAGGCGGGGCUGCUCGUGAUUUGACAGACGGUCUCUAGGACCUCAGGAGGAAGGAAACAGUUGGUGUCUAGCCGACUGAGUGGCUCAGUGAACAAGACAGAGCACGCUGUGUGUCCACGCCGGGCCACCAUACCCCUGCCGAAUGGAAGAUCAGCAUAGAGACACUUUAUAUUUUUCAUUUACUUUUGAAAAUGCUAUGUUAUAUUUUCAUAUUCUUUCCCUCUCCGUGUUGGUGUUGUCAAAGUUAUUGACACUCGUGUAAAGUUAUGCAAAGAAGUGAAUGUGUGCUGUUGAUAUGUCCCUAAUAGUCUUUAAUGUUGUCUGUUCAGCUCUACUCUGGGAGGUGCAAAACGUUUGUUGGACCUGAAAAAAAAAGAUAGAUGUCAAAUUAUAGAAUGGGUUUAAAGUCUCAAUUUCAAAUAAAGGUAUAAAGUCACCCUUUCUAAAAGUUCAGUUAUAGUGCAAGUACUUUGUUUUCAGUGCCAGGAUUCAAAGCAAAGCUCUUCUAUCGUAGGGAGGGUAGCAGGUCACAGAAAGCUCCUUCACAGCAACCUGUACACAAGUUGUCAUACUGAAUUUUUUACAUCAAGUAGAGUUUUGGUGAUCUCCUAUAUAGUCUGCGUCACCAUGAGUACUUAAUUUAUCCCUAGUGGGUUUUUUAGAAGCUCUUUAUGUCAGUCUGAACUCAGUGGGUCGGUGUGUGUGAAGCACAGAAAGGGCAGAUGGUCUGUUUAGAAGCCACUAAAACAUCUUGGUUCGGUCAUAGAGGAAUCCACAUUGUGACGGAGCUGAUCAAAUCAGGUGGAUGGAUUGAUGUCUGUUGUGAAAAGGUAUGUGUCCAAGCAGCGCAUGUAAUUGUAAGACUUCUCUGUGGUUGUUUCUUUGCAGGGCGACCCGAGAAGGAUGGCUGUGUGUGUUUGUGUGUAGGUUUGUGUGUGUAGUGUGCACACGUGUUUGCACAGGUAGCUAAGCUCGGGGCUAAUUUGGUGAAGGAUAGGCCAAGAGGAUUUUGAUUGUGCAAUAGAGGCUGUCCCUGUUGUGUGUUGUCAGACAUAUCGCUCGCCCCUGAGACACAAACAUGGUUGAUCACCUUGUUAUAGGCUGGAAGGGUCCAUUUAUCUGGAUUACAAUAUUGAGCACUGAUAUUUAAUCUUUGUUCAGUAUUGGCCACCGUCAAGAAGCGCUAUCAUUGCAUUAGGGAAAAUAGCCAUAGUCAAUAUAAGAGGAUAUAGCCCUUUGUGAACUUAACAAUAUGUUAUAUAAUUGCACCAGUGUAUUUAUGGUUCCUGAAGUAACGCUAAUAGCAAUUUGUAUUAAGCAGGAUUGAGAAUGACAGUAGCUUUUUUUAAAUUCACAGGCUGUUUGACAGCAUAGGGUAACAAGAGGCAGACAAUUGACAAGUUGUUCACACUUGCUAAAUCCAUAGAUUGCCUUUGAAGUUGGCAUUCGGUAGACUGAUUUUUGAAAACCAUAUACACACUUAUGGAUUAGUGUAAGUCCGACCAUUUCCACAACUAAAACGCAAUAGGAGUUUGACUCUUACGUGGAGUCAUCCCAUGUUGGCUUAGUUAGAGCACUGUUGUCUUUGCACUAGCUACAUCUCAGCUGAUUCAUUCUGUUAUCUCCUUACUGCAGCGAUGCUCAUUCUACCUGUCACUAUACCACUACAUCCUUACACAAGUCAAGUCUGAUACUGAUCCUGAGGUGGGCUCUACCUACGAGCAUGAAGGAGACAUUUUGACUGAUUUUGAGAUUGAUGGAACAAUGCAGAUAGCAAGCAGUUCAUUUCUGCUAAAUAUUCUUGUUGCUAUGGGUUUUUAUAACAUUUUAUCACACAUUAUGAUGUUCUCUAGGUUUUGAGACCCAGACAAGAGUGAAUUGUUCUGACCAUAUUUAGGAAAGUGCCAAAAAGACUAAAAAAAGAAACUGUGGAAGUAUUAUCAGCGCUUCCUUCACUCUACAAGCCCAUAGUCAUUUCUGUUGUAUAUUUCAUCAUUGGAAACCUAAAGGAAGCACAAAAUUAUAAAGAAUUUGUUCAUUUUUAUUAUGCAAAUCUGCCACUUCACCACUCCAAAAAAAGGUGACUUUGUCUAACUUUGUGUGAUUUUUUUCCCCCAUUCAAAAUUGCAUCAAAAGUGCAUAUAGUACAACUUUUAGGGUAUUUUAAACCUUUUACCUUACAUGGGCGAAAUGCUGCCUGCAAAAAUUACACUUUUGGUUCAGAAAGAAAGCAGAUUGCAUUCAACCCCUCAUACCUCCACAGUUUCUUUUCAGUGUUUUCCUAGCUGUGCAGUAUUUUAUAAAAACAGCAAGUUGUGUUUUCCUGCAUUCUGUUGUGGCGAAAGAGCAACUUUCUGUUUUGGAGUCUGUUAUGCGGCAUCUCUGUGUUUCUUGUGUUUUAUUCUGUUCCUGCCGUACACCUGUGUAACUCUGUAGUCACGGUCUGUGUGGUGUUUGUCUAAACAUUAACAUGAUAACUGAUUUUCUGUUACUUGUAGUGUUAAUUUUCAGGACUGGGAGUGUUGAGAUUUUAAGGAGGGAGGGAGAGGCGAUUUGAUGGAAGGGGGCAGCGGUAGUCAGCUUGUUUGCAGAUCACUUUUGUUUGUUUGGUUUCAACCCAUCAGAAACAUAUCUGCAGGAUUUAGGACUGAAAAAAACCCGUGGUUAUGCAACAGUAAAAUAAACUGACUAAAUGACCCAGGGUACACAUGAAUGGGUUAUACUGUAUAUGUGUGACUCACUGUCAUGUAUGAAGUUCAAAAUAAGAGUGUUUUUUGUUCUGUUUUGUAUUUUAGCCACCAAAGAUAAAAUCUUUGACUAUGUUAUAAAACAUCAAAAUGUGUGUAGUUUUACGAAGUUGCAAUCUGAACCGUUGAAAAGUCUAAACAGCUGUAAAGAUAAAUGAAUAAAUAUGUUUUUAAAAUCCAAGCUGGGUUACUGAUCUGAAUAGUAGUAGCAGUGCAUAAAUACAUGAUAAAAUGCAUAACAUUUUGAAGGAAAGCUAUUAAAAAAAAAAAAAAAGUAAAAGUUCCUGGAGGUCAAUAGGAUUGUCA